UACAAGAUGGGUUUUCCGGAAGCCGCCAGUUCUCUUAGAACACAUCAGAUCGAGGCUGCUCCCACCAGUGCUGCGGGUGAUGGAUUUAAGGCAGAUCUCGUCUUUAAGGAGAUUGAGAAGCUUGAAGAGGAUGGAGAACAGUUUGUGAAGAAAAUUGGUGGUAUUUUUGCCUUCAAGGUGAAGGAUGGUCCUGGUGGUAAAGAAGCCACCUGGGUGGUAGAUGUGAAGAAUGGCAAAGGAUCGGUGCUUCCCAACUCAGACAAGAAGGCUGACUGCACAAUCACCAUGGCCGACUCAGACUUACUGGCUUUAAUGAGUGGUAAAAUGAAUCCUCAGUCGGCCUUCUUUCAAGGCAAACUGAAAAUUACUGGCAAUAUGGGCCUGGCGAUGAAAUUACAAAAUCUUCAGCUUCAACCAGGCAAAGCUAAGCUGUGAAGAAUUCCCUUUGGCAACUUUGGAAAAUCAAGAUGAGAUAUAUAGAUAUAUAUCCACAUAUUUCAUUGUCAGAACUUAGACUGAAACUAUACAUUGGCAAAUAGCAUGAGACAGAUUUGUUAAAUGGUGUGACCAAUUGUGUUUUUCUUAAGCGCUUGGUAAACAGAGCCUGAUGGGGUCCUACUGCUGUUUGGAAUUGCAUACAACUGUGCAUGACAAAGUUAAUAUGGUAAUUAUGAUUUGGGGUAAAUUAGUCUCAGAAUAAAAUUAGGAACAGUAAAAUCUAAAAACUAUAUAAACAAAAGCUCUCAUUUUGCUUAAAAGUAUAUUUAAGGAUUAUUCUGCUAAAGAUUCAGUGUAAGUUUUUCUUGGGAGAACUAGGGAAGAAACAGAAUAACGGUAGCUGACCAGUAAUUAGUGUUGUGCACUUAAUGACCUGUAUCAGUUUCUUACUAAUAAUUAAAAUUCUGUACUGGGAUUUAAAAACAAAACAAAACUUGUAAACUUUUGCAUUUCAUGCCAUCAGAAAUGUUUUUUUUCUUCCCAAAUAAAGUGAUAUAAUCAGAGCUUGCGGAGGGGGAGAGGGAUUUAUAGCUGAACAUAGGCCUAUUUUUAAAGUAAAAAUAUUUGUAAAUGGGUUUCUUUCUUGAAAAAUCAGGGUAUUAGAGUCAUUAAAUACUGUUGCUAAAAAUAAUUGAAAAAAGUUUAAUUUUAGAUGCAGUUUUCAAAUUAUUAUCUCAUAUUUUUAAG